ACACCCUAUCAACCUGAUUACUGACCCCAGUGGUCCUAUUCCAACCCUAAGUGCUUGUGCCCACUAACCCACAUUGCUCUGUGAACUGACAGUGCAGCGAAAUUUGAGUGUCUGUGUGAUCUGUAAAUCGCUGCACCCCCUGCUGUUUCAUUUUUGUUUUAUUGUUGUCUGUGAGGGAAAAUGUCUGACGCAGCUGACACACGUGCAGGGAAGGUUGAGGUCGUGAUUAAGGCUGAAGGGGAACCCUCAGCCACAACACCACCUCCCCCUCCUCUGACCCCUGCGCAGCGGCGCAAGAGAGAGAUCCAGGAAAAGCUGCGAGAGCAACAGGCGCUGCUCGCAGAAGCCGACAGACAGGAGGCUGCUGAACUAGAAGCUGCAACAGAUGCUUCCAGAAAAGAACAUCUGCUGCAGCAGGCCCAGAGGACUGUUGCAGAUACUAGAGUGGCCCAGUGUACAAGGGACCUGGCUGAGCUAGUCCUCCUGCAGGACAAGCUGACCGCCGACCACUUUACAAAMUGGGAUGAGAGGAUCCAGAGGCUGGAGACCAGAGUGGCGGAUCUGGGAACUCAGCAGUCAAAGAUCCUGGAUGCUAUCCAGAAUCUGACUGCUCAGUUAACAGCAGCCAAUGUCAUCAGUCCCCUGGUCCCUGUGGUCCCCACUCUAAAACCUAAACAGCCUUCUCAGCCCUCUUCCCCACCUCCUUCAUCCUUUGGAUCUCCACACUCUUCGCGCAAGGCUUCUCCCUCUGUCUCCUCCCAGGCCAAAGCCACACCUCCUCCCACCUUUGCUGUUGUUGUUGCUGGGGACAAUAGAGGUCCCAAGAUUCCGGCCCCCAACAAAUUCAAGGGGGAUGACCCCAAGAUUGAUGUGGGGGACUGGACUGCUGGAACCCGGGGCUAUCUGAAGGGGUUCCAGUGCCCAAAGCAGCAAAAAGUGGCCACGGUUGUGGGUCUGCUGGAGGGGCCUGCCCAGAAAUGGGCUACCUCUACAGCAAGUGCCCAGCAGCAGACUUUGGAGGACUGGGCAUUGGCAUUGGGGGCUGACAAACUUUUGCAGGCCCUGGAAGAUCGCUUUGCAGACAAAGAGAGAGCACGCAAGGCUGCUGACCGGAUCGUACGCCUGGGCCAGCAACCCAACACUUCUGAAUUCGGUGCUCCAGUCCUCUUUGUUCCAAAGGGGAGUGGUGAGUUCAGAAUGUGCAUAGACUACAGGGGUCUCAACAAGAUCACUAGAAAAAGCACAGAGCCACUUCCUAGGAUCGACGACCUUCUGGAUAUGGUCCAGGGCUGCACCAUUUUCAGCAAAGUCGACCUCAAAUCUGGCUAUCACCAGAUUGAGAUGGCAGAGGAGGACGUCCAUAAGACGGCCUUCAAAACCAGGUAUGGUACGUAUGAGUACCUGGUGAUGCCAUUCGGACUUUGCAAUGCACCUGGUACAUUCCAGACUGAGAUGCACCGCAUAUUCAGGCCGUACCUGGACAAGUUCAUGGUUGUUUACCUGGAUGACAUCCUGGUAUUCAGCAGGACUGCCAGGGAACAUGCGGAGCACUUGACUCUGAUUCUUCAGGCAUUGCGUGACAGCCAGUAUAAGAUCAACAAGGAGAAGUCCUCUUUUGGAGUUCCCUCUGUUAUCUACCUGGGUCACGUGAUUUCUGGAGAUGGGCUGGCCCCUGAAGCAGCCAAGAUUGCUGCUAUUCAGGAUUGGCCACAGCCCCAGACAGUGAGAGAUGUCCGGUCAUUCUUGGGUCUGGCCUCCUACUACAGAAAGUUCGUCAGGAACUUUUCUGCAGUGGCUGCACCCCUAACUAACCUCACCAAGAAAGACACUCCCUUUCUUUGGUCCCUCCACUGUCAGAUGGCCUUUGCACGACUCAAACAGGCCUUGAUUCGUGCACCUGUUAUGAAGUUGCCUGACCCCACUCUGCCUUUUGUACUGACUACUGAUGCUAGCCAGUAUGGCAUUGGGGCAAUCCUUCAGCAGGAUGAUGGGAAUGGUCUGAGACCUGUAGAGUUUAUGAGUAAGAAGAUCAAGACUCAAAAGCUGCAGGACUCCACCUACGAGAAAGAGCUUUACGCUCUUGUAAGUGCCCUGAAACUUUGGAAACACUUUCUCCUGGGCAGGCACUUCAAGAUCUUUUCUGAUCAUUCCACUUUGCAGUGGUUGAAGUCCCAGGGAGAGUUAAAUGAUAAGUUGGCAUGUUACAUUCAGUUCAUUGAUCUAUUUGACUUUGAACUGAAGCACAAGAAGGGCUGCUACAAUAAGGUAGUUGACGCCCUCUCUCGUAGGCAUGACUCUUUUGCGCUGAUCUCCUCUACUCAUUCUUUUGGAGAGGAGGUCCGUCAGACCAUUGCUCGUUCACUGCCUCAGGAUCCGACUUAUGGACCCAUCGUCAAGAAUCUGCAAGCAGAUCCCAACUCUGAACCUGGCUAUGUCCUGAGUUCAGAUCUGCUGUAUACUUACAGCAGAGGAGAGGAGCGCUUGUGCAUCCCUGAGGAUCAGCAGAUGCUCACACUGCUAAUGUCAGAGUGCCACGACGCACGUGGACACUUUGGGUUCCUAAAGUCGUAUGCAGCCCUGUCGCAACGCUUCUUCUGGAAGGAGAUGCGGAGUGAUAUGCUGCGUUAUGUGGAUACCUGUGAGCUCUGCCAAAGGAACAAGGUUCAGUGUAAACCUCCUUUGGGACUGCUCAAACCUUUGCCCAUACCUGAUGGUCCUGCCCAGUCUGUGUCUAUUGACUUCACAGACUUAGGCAAGACUACCCCUCGUGGCAUGCGUCAGGUCAUGGUCUGCGUGGACAGGUUCUCCAAAUACGCAGAGUUCAUCCCCUUGCCCGAGGUAGCCAGGGUACCGGCUGUGAGAGAAGCCUUUCUGAGAGGUGGGUCACCCACCAUGGACCGCCCACUUCUAUUGUGAGUGAUCGAGACCCCAGAUUCU